AUGACUCACGUUAUCGUACAACGGUUCGCUUGGCCCACAACACAAGCGGGUCGGUGUGGCCAUCAGUACAGAUCGGAAACUAGCUGCACUUGGUUAUCAAGUGAGAAGAUGGCGUUUUUAGACAACACGAGGAUCCGAAUGUUUGAAAAAAACCUACCAGAGUUUACCAAGAAAGUUGACCCCAUCGAACUCUUGCCUUAUCUUAAUUGUCUGACUCAGUCAAGUAAGGAAGAAAUAGAAAACAGACAGCGACAAUACAACAAGAGUCAGGCCGCUAUGAAAAUGUAUGAUCAUUUGAUACGAAUGGAUAAUUGGUGGCCACAGCUCUUGGACGCACUACGCCAAACCAACCAACACUACCUUGCGGACACACUGCAAGAAAUGGACGAAGUCAUCAGACCGCCAGUCACAGAUAUUCAGUCGAAGUUUUCGGCAGUUAGUAAUCACAGGAAGUUACCCCCCGACAGUCCUCACCGAAAGUUGUCGGCUGCCCGGCUUAAGGUCUACAGCGGCGAAACUAGAUAUAAGGACCUACCGGCCCAUGUGUCGUCCAUAUUGAAAAUAAUGGACAGCCAGGAUGUUGACAAUAACUGGGAGGCCAUGGCUGCAAAAUUUAAUUAUACUAUUGAGGAGGUAACCCGCUUGAAAUGUAAUGGCAACGAAACAUCAUGCACAAAGAAACUGCUGGAGGACUGGAGUCAACGGGAGGACGCUACUCUCCACAAUCUUCUUAUCGCUUUACAUGAACUCGAAAGGUUUGACCUUUUGGAACGAGUACAAAAAGUGACUGGCUACAGCUUGGCCCAGAUGAAGGCAAGGCUCGAGUGUGAUUUCCACGGACCUGUUGCGCUCUUGUCUACAGAAAGUAUGUUCAACAAAAAGGAUACAGUCAUUCAUGCGAAAGAAUGCAUGUUGCGAACUAAUAGAAAACGUGACUGCUGCAUAACUACAAGUCAGUCAAACACUUUGACCAAUGGCCAUGAUAAACAGACUGGACAAUCAAACGAGGUUGUUUUGCCGCCAAUACGGCAAGGACCAGACAACGUCAAACUGCCCUCUGAAUGUUCGAUGUCUUAUGACAGAGUGGGUAAUGUAGACAACAUACCGCAAUCAGUACCACGGAGAAGACGACAAAGUGGGGACGGUCUUGAUCCCACAGAGACAUUUGGGGAUUGUUGCGCAAGUGGAAACAACAAGAACAAUAAAUCCAACGGCGCACACGGGCUUAAUAUUAAUUCCUUGUCACACCAGAAAACAGUGAAAGACAAAGUCAUUGACAAAUUGCCGUUCGUUGGAAUAUCUGUUUUGGGCCUAGGAGCUGCCAUGGCCUUAGUAAAACUGAGAUAA